AUGAUAUAUGAUGAUGAUAUGAUCGGAGUACAACAUUUGGUCUUUUGGCAGGUAUCAUUUUCUGCUCUUCGCAAGGACGUUGUCAAUGUUGUGGAUAUCAUGGAGAGGUUAACGAAUGAAGAAAAUCAAAUAGAUCUUGACGAUGGUCUAGUUGAAGUGCUGAAAAUUGAGCUGGCAUUAAUUUGGGCAAACGUCCUGCUUUCUUAUUCCGAUUUGGAGCAGUUUGAAGAUGUAAUGACUUUGCAAAGAGAACAGGUUAAAGCUGUGUUUCAAUCAAUUUUGGUUGAUGUUGACAACAAAUACAACCUGCCUCAUGUCCUUGGUAGCCUCAUGGAUAAUAUAGAUGAUUGUAUCAGCUCAUGUCCUCGUUCUACAUCCAUGACUGAGGAGGAGUUGGACUUCCUCCUCCUGAAUCUACAUUAUCUAUCCAAGUAUGCUGGGAUGAUACUUCCAUAUAACGCUCAGCUUGUGAUGCUUCAGAAUGUGUGUGGUAAUAUGAAAGAUUUCCAUGGAAUGAUAGUGAAUGGUUGCAUUGAAAAAGAUAUUGUAAAAUAUGUCUUACCUCAGUUUCAAUUCAUGGCUGAGAGAGUCGGACUCUUUCUUUGGGAGUUUCAUAGAAAGCUUGGACUCUCCCGGCUAGAUGAGGAUGAUCAGACUGAUGAAUACUCUCAACUAAGCAAGUUAGCACAUCUAUUCUUGCAGAUUGUUCCAAUUGAAUUGGAGGUUAUGCACAUAUGUUACACAAAUUUGAAAUCUUCGACUUCAAUAGAAGUUGGACAAUUCAUUAAACAACUCCUGGAAUCCUUUCCAGACAUUCUUAGAGAAUAUCUUAUUCAUCUACAAGAGCGAAUGGUAACUGUAAUCAACCCAAGCAUUUCAGGAGCUCGAAACAUUCACAUCAUGAUGGAGUUUCUGUUGAUUAUUCUUACUGACAUGCCUACCGACUUGAUUCAUCCUGACACAAUUUUUGAUCUCUUGGCACGUGUUGGAGCACUUACCAGGGAGGUAUCAACUCUUGUUUGGGACUUAGAAGACAAAUCAAUGAACAAAGAGAGUACCAAUGAAACAACUCUUGUCCGUGGCUUAGAAGAGAAAUCAAUGAAGAAAGAGAGUACCAAUGAAUCAAAUCGUACAACACUAGACUUGCUAAAAGAUAUUGAACUCCUGAAGGGAGAUCUGAGGCACGUUUACUUGAAAUCUCCCGACUCAUCUCAAAUUUGCUUCCCCAUGAGUGAUGGACCUCUCUUCAUGCAUCUUCUACUUAUACACUUAAAAGAUUUGCUGGAUUCCAAUGCUUAUUCAAUUGCUUUGAUCAAGGAAGAAGUUGGGUUGGUGAAAGAACAUCUGGAAUUCAUAAGAUCUUUUUUCGUGAAUAAUGAGGAAGAAUUGUAUAAAGAUCUCUGGGCACGUGUUUUAAAUGUAGCAUAUGAGGCAAAAGAUAUCAUUGAUUCACUUCUUGUUCGAGACAAUGGUCUCUUACAUCUUAUUUUCUCACUUCCCAUCACCAUAAAUAAGAUCAAGCUUAUCAAAGAAGACAUCUCCAAUUUACCUGAGAAAAUUCCCAAGAACAAAGGGCUCAUUGCUGUAAACUCUCCCAAGAAGCCAGUUGAAAGUAAGUCAUUGACAACUGGUAAAAUAAUUGUAGGUUUUGAGGAGGAGACAAACUGGAUAAUUAGAAAGCUCUUUGGUGGACCGGCAGAUCUAGAUGUCAUUUCGAUCACUGGUAUGCCGGGUUCAGGUAAAACUACUUUGGCGUACAAAGUAUACAGUGAUAAAUCAGUUUCUAGUCAUUUUGACCUUUGUGCAUGGUGCACAGUCGACCAAGAACAUGACGAGAAGAAGUUGUUGGGUACAAUUUUUAAUCAAGUUAGUGAUUCAGAUUCAAAAUUGAGUGAGAAUAUUGAUGUUGCUGAUGAGCUACGUAAGCAACUGUAUGGAAAGAGGUAUCUUAUUGUCUUAGAUGACUUGUGGGAUACCGCAACAUGGGAUGAGUUAACAAGACCUUUUCCUAGAGUUAAGAAAGGAAGUAGAAUUAUUUUGACAACUCGAGAAAAAGAAGUGGCUUUGCAUGGAAACACUGCUCCUCUUAACCUUCGAUUGCUACGAUCAGAAGAAAGUUGGGAAUUGUUGAAGAAAAGAGCAUUUGGAAUAGAGAGUUGCCCUGAUGACCUAUUGGAUGUUGGUAAAGAAAUAGCCGAAAAUUGUAAAGGGCUUCCUUUGGUGGCUGAUCUGAUUGCUGGAGUCAUUGCAGGUUUGGAAAAGAAAAAGACAGCGUGGGAAAUAGUUCAAAAUAAUUUGAGUUCCUUUAUUUUGAACAGUAAAAUGGAAGUGAUGAAGGUUAUAGAAUUAAGUUAUGGCCAUUUGCCACAUCACCUCAAGCCGUGUUUGUUUUACCUUGCAAGUAAUCCGAAGGACACUGCAAUGGAAAUCUCUUUUUUGAAACAUUUUUGGCUUGCUGAAGGACUUGUGGAACAGACAGAGAUGAAGAGUGUGGAAGAAGUUAUGAAGGUUUAUUUGGAUAAGUUAAUUUCCAGUAGCUUGGUAAUUUCUUUCAAUGAGAUAGGUGAGAACCCGACUUUCCAACUUCAUGAUCUUGUGCAUGACUUUUGUUUGAUAAAAGCAAGGAAGGAAAAGUUCUUUGAAUGGGUAAGUUUACGUACACUAUCUUCUUCUUCUUCUUCUUCUUCAGAUUUGAUGCCACGUAUGUUGACCAUUGAUAAUAGCAUCAAGUUUUUUGCGCUUAACAACUUUGUCCUAUUUGAUUUAAAUAAGAAAAGCCAUUCUGGUAAACACCUGUAUUCUUUGAGGAUAGUUGGAGAAAAGCUGGACAGCCUUGUUUAUGAUACAUGUCACCUAAGGCACUUGAAGCAUCUUACAGUGUUGCACCUGGAUCCCACUUUUGUCGUGGUGAAUGAUUUUUUGCUGAAUGAAAUAUGCAUGUUGAAUCAUUUGAGGUACUUACUAAUGAGGAUAGAAGUUAAAUCUCUGCCUUUGUCUUUCUCAAACCUCUGGAAUCUAGAAAUCCUGUCGGUGUAUAACGACGGAUCAACCUUGGUACUAUUACCGAGAAUUUGGGAUCUUGUGAAGUUGCGAGCGUUGGCUGUGACUGCUGGUUCUUUCUUUGAUAUGGAUGCAGAUGGAUCAAUACUGAUAGCAGAGGACACAAAGUUAGAGAACUUGACACAUUUAGAGAAACUCGUGCUUUCCUAUUCCAAAGAUACAGAGCAUAUAUUCGAAAGGUUUCCCAAUCUUCAAGAUCUUAGAUUUGAUAUCAAGGAAUCAUGUGAUUAUUCAACAGAGCAAUUUUGGUUCCCGAAAUUGGAUUGCCUAACUGAACUAGAAGAGCUCAGAGUAGCUUUUAAAAGCUCAAACAUAAAUGACAGUGAGCUCUCCUCUGUAAUGACAAAUCGGCUGUGGGAUUUUCACUUCCCUUCGAAUUUGAAAAAAAUGUGUCUGUAUUACUUUCCUCUGACAUCCGAUUCACUAUCAACAAUAGUGAGACUGCCCAACCUUGAAGAGUUGUCCCUUCAUCGUACAAUCAUUCAGGGGGGAGAAUGGAACAUAGGAGAGGAAGACAUCUUUGAGAAUCUCAAAUGUCUGACGUUGAGCAAAGUGACUUUGUCCAAGUGGGAGGUUGGAGAGGAAUCCUUUCCCGUGCUUGAGAAAUUAGAUCUGCUGGAAUGCCAUGAGCUUGAGGAGAUUCCGCCUAGUUUUGGGGAUAUUGAUUCAUUAAAAAUCAUUAAACUUGUAAAGAGCCCUCAACUUGAAGAUUCCGCUAUGAAGAUCAAGGAAUAUGCUGAAGAAAUUAUGGCAAGGGACGACCUUCAAAUCCUUGGCUCAAAGAAUAUCCCGUUAUUUAAGUAG